AUGUCUCCGAAGCUCCCUUCAUAUCUCUUCCCAUGGCUCAUCUUCCUAACAUUUUCAUCCCUCUAUUUCUUCUCUUCAUUCCUCUCUCUCCAGUCAUUCUUCUCUUCUUGUUCUUCCCCAACCUCACGAUUAAUCGCAAUCUCCAACUGCAAUCUUUUCAGCGGCCACUGGGUCUCGGAUCCUGACCGCACCCCUCUCUACGAUCAAACAUGCCCCUUCCACCGGAACGCCUGGAACUGCCUCCGAAACGAGAGGCAAAAUAUGAGCGUCAUCAACUCUUGGAAGUGGGUGCCCCGGAACUGCCAGUUAAAUCGGAUCGACCCGUUUCGGUUUCUGGGUAGGAUGAGGAACAGGAACAUUGGGUUUGUUGGGGAUUCUCUCAAUGAGAAUUUCUUGGCUUCUUUUCUCUGCAUUCUCAGGGCCGCCGAUGAGGGGGCCAAAAAGUGGAAAAAGAAGGGUUCUUGGAGGGGUGCCUAUUUUCCCAAAUUCAAUGUCACAGUUGCUUAUCACCGUGCCGUUUUGCUCUCCAGAUACCAGUGGCAGCCAAAACAAGAGAAUGCUGGGAUGCAAGAUGGAUCAGAAGGUUUUUAUCGAGUUGAUGUUGAUGUUCCUGCAGAUGACUGGGCUAAAAUUGCUGGAUUCUAUGACGUUCUGGUGUUUAAUACUGGUCACUGGUGGAAUAAUGACAAAUUCCCAAAAGAGAAGCCUCUUGUCUUCUAUCAAGCAGGACAACCAAUAGUUCCACCUCUUGGGAUGUUGGAUGGACUUAAAGUUGUUCUUGUUAACAUGAUCACAUACAUUCAGAAAGAAUUUCCUGGAAACACACUUAAAUUCUGGAGAUUACAAUCCCCGAGACACUUUUAUGGUGGUGACUGGAAUCAAAAUGGGAGCUGCUUGUUUAACAGACCCCUUGAGGAGAACGAGCUUGACUCAUGGUUUGAACCCAGGAACAACGGAGUUAACAAGGAAGCGAGACUGUUGAAUGCUGUGAUUCAAGAAACAUUACAAGGCACGGGUAUUCAAUUGCUUGAUUUGACUCAUUUAAGUGAGUUUAGAUCUGAUGCUCAUCCAGCAAUUUGGUUAGGAAGGAAGGAUGCAGUUGCAAUAUGGGGUCAGGAUUGCAUGCAUUGGUGUCUUCCUGGUGUUCCUGACACAUGGGUUGAUAUAUUGUCACAACUGAUCCUUGAUGGCUUAAAAGAGAACUGA